AAAGAAAAAAAUGAGUCUGGGUCUUUAAAAACAUAAAUAUUGCAACUAAACUAUAGAAAAUAUUAAUUGGCGGGGGGAAUUAAAGGCGAUUUCUGGGGAUGAAGAAGGGGAGUGUGUUAUCCUUAGGUGCCAUUAGCUUGCUAAGUAGCUAAUCAUUUAAACACGGCCUUGUCCAUUUACUCUGGUUUUCUGGCUCUCUUUCCUCAAUUACAGGGAAAAUAGACCGUAGCGACCAUCACAGAGGAAGACUGUAAGAGGGAAAUUAACGGGGAUGGACCCGGAGAUCAGCCGGGCUGCAGCUAGUAGCACUGGGGCAAGUGGCGAGAUUGAGCUUCCUACCGAGAAGGCCGCAGCACCAUCCCCAACCCCCAGAGCAGCCUCUGCCCGCGGUAGAGUGCUGAGAGAACGCGGACUGAGUCGCGUACAGACCGGUGUUUCCUCGGCGGGCCUGAAUGACUCUAAAUCAAGUACACCGAGCUCCGGUCGAGUUUUAAGGGACCGGUCCUCUAGGGGGGUGGUGGCUGGGAAGAACGGAAGCGGUAACUCCAAAGAGCAGAAUGAAUUUGCUGCGGCAAAUCGCCGGAGAAAAUCCGAAUAUCCGAGGCGACGAAGGAACGCCGGAACCCGUGUUGAAAAUUCGGGAGAGGCCGAUGACGGUGGCCUAGCCAUUGGUUCUGAAGACAAGAAAAUCCCCUCCGAGAAAGCUUCACGACCGUCGAGACCCCGUCGCCCCCAACUUCAACCCCGACAAAGGGCACCAUCGGCUCGCUCUUCCCGACCUUCGCCCACCCUUGUGUGCAAGAGCGAACCAGACACAGAGACUGCAUAUGGAGCGGUGGAGGAUGUCCUGGAACGGACUGGUGGCAGUGACGACGAUGACGACGUGCUUAUUGGCGAAGAGGACCCCCCUUUCAGGGACGACCCAAAUGACCUGAAUUACAAGCCUGAAACAGAGAGCAGGGAGCCCCAAAAGCCACGGCGCCGCCCCCCUAGACAGAGGGAGGAGAAGAAGGAAAAGGAGAGGGACAAAGACCGAGGGAAAGAGAUAAAAACAGAGGGGGGAGCCGAGAUGGACGUCAAGCUGGAAGACGAGUUUGGAGAGGAGGCAGAGCCACCCAGGAAGAGAGGUAGACGGCGGAAAGACGACAAAAGUCCACGUCUUCCAAAACGAAGGAAGAAGCCCCCAGUGCAGUAUGUGCGCUGUGAGAUGGAGGGCUGUGGCACUGUACUGGCUCACCCACGCUAUCUACAGCACCACAUUAAAUACCAGCACUUACUGAAGAAGAAGUAUGUGUGCCCCCACCCCACCUGCGGAAGACUGUUCCGUCUGCAGAAACAGCUGCUGCGGCAUGCUAAGCAUCAUACAGACCAGCGAGACUACAUCUGUGAAUACUGUGCUCGGGCCUUCAAGAGCUCCCACAACCUGGCGGUGCAUCGCAUGAUCCAUACAGGGGAGAAGCCUCUGCAGUGCGAGAUUUGCGGCUUCACCUGCCGGCAGAAGGCGUCGCUGAACUGGCACAUGAAGAAGCACGACGCAGACGCCUUCUACCAGUUCUCCUGCAACAUCUGCGGCAAGAAGUUCGAGAAGAAGGACAGCGUGGUGGCCCACAAGGCCAAGAGCCACCCCGAGGUGCUGAUAGCCGAGGCCCUAGCAGCUAAUGCCGGGGCCCUCAUCACCACCCCAGCCCCCCUGCUGGAGGCCCUGCCUGGGACCGGCCCGGCCGAGCACCUGGUGGUGGUGGGGGAGGAACAGAGCCUGCCCCCCAUGCAGGUGUCUUUGCCCCUGGCCCUCCCGUUAGCGGGGCAGCAGAUCCUGGCCUCCCACCCCCAGCAGGCUCCACUGCUGCAGCUCCCGCCCCCACUCCAGCAGCAGCAACAGUCCCCCCAACUCAUCCAGCUCACCCCUGCCCAGCCCCACCCUCCCAGCCAGCUCCUGCCCCCGGCCCAGGACCUGGUCAACAGCAGGGAGAGCUUAGGACUAGGCUCCAUCUCCACCCUCUCCGCAUCCCCUCCCCCGCCCUCCGCCCUCCACCAGUCAGUGAUGCCGGCGAGCGACGGGGGCGGGGUCUGGGAGGGGGAGGUGGACGCAGAGAGGCACAGGGUGGAGGACGGGGUGGUGUGGGUGCAGGAGGGGGACGGGGAACGGGUGGAUGGAGGGAUGGUGUGGGAGAGGGAGGGAGAGAGGGAGAUCCUGCUGGAGAGCGCAGAGGGGGCGGUGUCGCACGGGAAUCACCACGGGCUGAUUUAGAGAAGGAGAAGGGGAGGAGACGGAGGGUAUGUAGGAGAGAGAGAGAGAGAGGGAGAGAGGGAGGGAGGGAGGGUGAGUGGGUGGGGAAGGACAAAUGAAGGUGAGAAGAGAAGGGAAGGGAAAAAAAAAUAAAAAAAGAGUCCAGACUCACAACCCUGCUUGUGUGAAGGCUUUAACAAUAUACAAUUAUAAUGCUGCAUCUUCACAGUGAAGUGCAGUACAGAUACUCACUUAGAUACCUAUACUAUUAUAUCAGGGAAUUUGAGUUUGUCAUUGUUGCUUUUUGUACAUAGAUCAUUUUAGUGCAUAAGUACUUUCACCACCCCUUCAUCAAACAUGGUGUGUGUGUGUGCGUGUGCGCACGUGUGUGCAUACAUACUUGUGUGCUCAUGUUACUUAUUUGAGAAUAAAUGAGACAGUUUGUCUGUAAUGCAAGAAAACGUUGGAAUAGAUAACACCUCUCAGUCAUCCUUGCCUCGACUCUCGCAAUCUCUCUCUCACUCUAGGCCAAUGUAUCUAAGGCAUUAGUACAGUAUUAAUUUACCUUUUUUUAUUUUUUUUAUUUAUUGUCAAAUUGUCCCUCCGUGUGUUAAAACAAUAGAUUUUUUUUUGUUUGUUUUCUUUUUUUUUAAAUCAAGCUGUCACCUCCAGAAUUACAUUCUAAAGUCAUGUCUUAUCAAUCUUGUAAAGAAACGUGUAAUUAAGAACGUGUGAACUCACCUUAUUUUAGUUAGAUUUUAUUUAGAUUUUCUCCGGUAUUUUUAUUGAGCACCGCUAUUGAAACACCGCUUCCCCGCCGUCUCUCACUGGUCUGUGUGCUACAUGCCCUGUGCUGCCAUUCUCAUCAGCCCGCCAUGGUUUGUACUUAAUGCGCAUCUUCAUUUGGACAAAAUAACGUUAUGAAAAGGCAUUGCUUCUGUCCAACUGUGAGCAGCAAAGUAACUUGCUGUCUGUUUAAAGGAAGCCAUAGAUUCAUAGAUAUUCACAUUUCUGAAAAGUGUGAGGCAAAGUAUUUUUUAAAUGCCUGGGGGGAAAUGAACAUAGGUAUUAGUGCACUUCUGAGCUUGUGUUAUUUGCCGAUUUCAGAAUAAAAUCAUUCAUGGAUACGACCAUCGGUGAAUUCUGUUCCAACAUGGUAACCUGUUGAUAGAGGAAUUAGUAAACUGACUGGACACUACACAGGGGUGCUAGCAUACACUGCCACUGUAACUCGACACUGUCAUCUCUGUCUCACCUUUUAAUAAACCCACAACAAAUAUAUGUUAAGGAAUAAAAAUCAAACAAUGUGAUGAAA